CAGAGAAGAAAUGAAUUUAUUAGAGUGUCCGAUGUUGGAUUUUGGAGAAGUGAAGCGAGUUGAAGAAAGAAGUGAAGUCCCCGCUUGCUGUCCACAGUCACCAUCUUCUUCUCAAAUUCUAGGGUUCUUCUCCUUUUUCUCUAUCUCAUCGAACCCCAUUGCUUCAUCAUGUUCAAAACACAGCUUCAAGAGCUCUGCCAUCGCAAAUCUUACCAAUUACCCGAAUAUUCCGUGGUUAAACAAGGUCAAGACCACGACCCACGUUUUGAAGCCACAGUCACCGUCGACGGCAAGCAAUUCAGCUCACUGGUUCCUUGUAAGUCUUCCAAGCAAGCACAGAAUGAGGCUGCUAAGAUUGCUUUUGACUUCUUUUCUCUUCCUUCUUCACCGCAACCGCCGCUGCAGCCGGACCACUCCUGCCCUCAACCACUUUUGCCAGAAUCAUCUCCUCCGCCGAAACUAAUUCCUUGCAUUCCCCCAUUUUCUCACUCGUCUCUAGAUGUUUCUUCUUUUCCUCAGCCGACCUUGCCUUCGCAUUUGGGCAGUAUUGGUGCAAUAACUAACCUGGACAACACUGUUACUUCCCCACUGAGACCAGAAGUAACGCUUGAGGUGGCAAAUGAAUCUUUUGAACUUGAGAAAUCUCCUAAAGAUUCUUCCAUUAUGAGUAAUAUGGAUGUCAAAUUUGCAGCACAGUUGGUUGAACCAAAAAUUCAAAACACUGACAAAUCUCCCGUGGUUGAAGACUUCGACAAAGAAUGCCUUAAAUUGACUGGUAUGCAACAUUUGUACAAGAAUAAGCUGCAAAAUUUAGCCCAGAAGAGAGGCCUCAGUUUACCUAUGUACACAUGUGAGCGUGAUGGCCCACCCCAUGCUAGUCGCUUCAGAUGUAAAGUGGAAAUAGAUGGAAAGACCUAUGAAAGUCCAGAAUUUCAUGGCACAUUGAAAGAUGCUGAGAAUGCUGUUGCAAAAGUUGCUUUAUUGUCGUUAUGUCAAGAUGGAGCUCAAGAGGAUUCUGGCCUUUACAAAAAUCUCUUACAAGAGAUGGCCCAAAAAAGAGGUCUAGGUUUACCGAUUUAUUCAACAUCACAGUCUGGUGAAGUUCAUGUACCAGUUUUUGUUUCAACGGUGAAAGUAGGAGAAGAAACUUCUGAAGGGAAACCGUCGAGAACUAAGAAACAAGCAGAGAUGAGUGCUGCGAAAGUUGCUUAUUUUACCAUAAAAGAGGGCAAGAUUGCUUCUCCUAGAGAACGAGAUUCUCAAGCCAUUUCAUCUAGCUUGCAAUCAAAUGUCAGCACUGACCAGGAUCUGCAAGUGAUCUCCAGUCCUGUAAUUUCACAUCCAAGCAUGUCAAUUGAGAAACAACCCAAUGAUGGAGGAUCUCAAAGCAUUUCAACAAGAAAGAGAGCUCCAUCUUGUGACCUUGGUAUUGAAGCUUCUCGUGAUAUUGCUAUAUCAUCCCAUAAUGUUGCUCAUCUUGGUGAGAGCAAUGAUUACGUUUCAAAUUUAUUAGUCUCAAAGCUAGAAGCUGGAAAAAGCUCAUCUUCCAAAAGGGUAAUUGUUUGUCCUCGUCAACCGAAUAUGACAUUUCCGAAGGGCACUACCGUAUUACCAAUAAGUGAUGAUGAAUGGGUUACAUUCUCGGUCGAAACUGGAACUAGUCAAUGAACUAUGUCAUGAAUGACUCACUUUUGAAUUGACUGACCUUGCUCAGGACUGAAGUAUGUCAACUACUAAUGCGUAGGUAGAUAAUAUGUAUGUAUUAAGUAUUUAACUCAAAAUAGAUGACAAUACUUGGAACAGCACUGUUGAUCUUUGAUUGCUUUUGUGGUUUAGAAUUAUUGGUAGUGAUAAAAAUGUUGGGAUGUGGAACUGUUGAAGUACUUAGAUGUAAUGAGGUUAGUUUUUGCUUGUGAUUUGAUCUUCACUGUAGUAAAGGUCUAUUGCAAUUAUCAUAUUUUAUUGGAUGCCACUUUGUUUUUGCUUUAAAUCUAUUAGGAGUAGGAGGGUGUUAUCUCUUGAGUUUUGCACAAGAUGAAGUAUUCUCAAUCUUAUACUUAAUAAGACACAACAUUGAGAAUACUUCAUCUUGUGCAAAACUCAAGAGAUAAAAGACACAACAUUGAGAAUACUUCAUCUUGUGCAAAACUCAAGAGAUUACACCCUCCUACUCCUUACAUAUUUAAAGCAAAAACAAAGCGAUAUCCAGCAUAAUUAUAAUAGACCUUUAUUACAGUGAAGAUCAAGUCACAGGCAAAAACUAAUCCUAUUACAUAUAAGUACUUUAACAAUUCCCCACCCCAAUAGUUUUAUCACCACCAAUAGAGUCCUAAACCACAAGGAAAUAUUGUGAGGGAUAACUAUCUUUGUUGAAUAAAAGUAAGCUUGAAUAGUCUUUUAA